UGAGUAUUAAAGCCGGGUUCUAUUCAUUGUGUAUGUUAUUUUGAUCUUGUGGGCCAGCAAAAUGGAAGCCGGUAAAUCACCUUGUAUGCUGCAAUUUCAGAGCGACGUAAAACUCACCUCUGAAGAAUUUGUUAAAGUCUUCAAGGAAUUUGACAAGGACGGUAAGAUUUUACACGCGAAAUCUCAGUAGCUUAUACUUAAAUCGCUGCUUGACCGACUAGCGAAACACAUCAGAGUUUCAUUUAAGCCAGUAUGUACAUAUUUCCUUAUCUAGGGAAUGGCUAUAUAGAGGCUGACGAAUUGAACUCAUUUAUGAUAACCCUUCUGCAAGAAACGGGAAAUGAGGUAAAUAUAAAUACUCUAUGCACAAAAGAAAAGGGUCGAAUAUUGGCGAACAAGCGGUACCUAAUGGCAACCAAAAUUUGCUUCAACCUGAUAUUUCUCAUAAAGGAUAACUCUCAAAAACACGAUGUAUUGACAAAAUUCAAACAGGUCCGUUUUCUUCUUAAAAUUAUAUAUCGUUGGUUUCUCAGUGUUAUUUUUAAAAACAAUGUUAUAUUUUUGAAGCUGGAUCGUAGUAUAUGACGAAUACAUUAACGGAUUUAUUUUAAUACGAUCAUACAGAUCAAAUUUCAAAGUCCAUAAAAUUGUAACAAAAAGGUGGGUUGGGAUAAAUUAUCAGUUCUUUUGUUUGAAUUUCCCGUGAAAGUGUUUCAAAUAAAUACAAUAUAUUUUUUCACCGUAAUUUCCCGCUUUUAAAGAAGCUGAAGUAUGAAUAUUUUAUUUGCAAAAAAAGGUUUUAUACUCACAAAAAUUGUUUUGUUUUGGAAAUGUAAAUAUUUAAAACCAAACUUGCAUUAUAACUAUCAAGAUGCGUGUAACAAUCGCACAUUGGAUGGCGUCUUCGUUCACAGUAAUGCUGCUUUUUGAACACGUCCGCUAUAAGGAGACUUGGUAAUCCUGAAGAUAUCUUUUAAGGGGUUACGUUUUUUCAAAAAAAAAAAACUCGAGAACUGUUUGGCAAUAUAAUGUAGUAUCUUGCUGCGAAAGCCAUUUCUGCUAAAUACCCCAAAGAUUUGAAGAACUGGUUACGUUAACAACUACUUGCUAACGAGAGCCAUUCAAGUCUAAUCGAAGGCAAAUAUUCGACUGAGGAGGCUAGGUGUUUCAUUUCUUUUGACAUUUAUCUUCACAAAUUUUAUUAAAGCAUGCGAUCUGAUUGGAGGUUAUUUUACACGAUGGGUAUUAUUUAUUGAUAGUUCUGCUCAUCAGGAAUAUUUAUUUACAUUGCCACCUAACAUGCUCACUUAUCUCUGCAAACAGCGGGCAAAAAACAGUUUUUUAAGUUGUUGAACCUUUAAAUGUUAGAACGAAUAAGUGUGAAGUACUGAACAAACCCGAUGAUUAAUAUCAGAAAAGGAUAAAAGGAUCUAAGACGCUCACUCAUAUAAAUUAUUCAGAACAAUCAUUCUCGCUUUCUUGGAACAAAGCGGCCUUUGUAGAUAAUAAGUACAUUUCUUAAUCUUUGGGGUAAUAGUAAUUGUGAUGUUAGUGAUUAAUAUUUUACUCUGAUAUGACCACAAAAUUAUUCAAAAGGCCCCACAGAAAGAAACGUAUUCAUUAUUAGAAGAUUUUAUCUUCAAACUUCUUUUAGAGCGCGGGGCUACCGAAAGACAGAAAUGAUCGGUCGGACGGGUAAUUUUAAAACUGAAAUAUCAAAAUGUUCUUGGAAUUUUUAUUAAAACCUGGCUGCCUGCAUACUAUUUAUAUGUAGACUGAUCUGGCCAGAUAGUCCUUACCAACAGCGAUAUUCUUUUGAAAUACUAAAAUGUAGUUUUGAUGACAAAAUAGAGUUGUUUCUUUCUGAAACAGAUUUCACAAAUGCGACGUGUCGAUGGCAUAAAAAAAUGUAAAGUGAUCAUUAGAAAAGUCGAUGCAGACUAUAGUUUAUAAAUAUUAGAUAACGUGGUUUAAACUUAAAUUGUUUCGUUUAUUUUUGUUUUUCUUGUGGUUCUUAAAAUCUGCUUUGGAAUGAAUUAUUUUGCUAGUAGAUUUUGCAAAAGUUAGUAGGCACUAAGAAGUAUGAUGAGGGAAGCAUUCAUUUCCGCCAAAUAGGUCCAAAUACUAACAUCUUAUGUUAGUUUACAACCAGAAAAACAUGUAGAAAAUAAAAAGCUUCUGUUUACGUGUUCCUUGUUUUGAGGUGCCUUUAAAAUUUUAUGUGAGAAAAUGCCGUUAAUGUUGUCAGUUUGAUCGUAAUAUGAUCAAUGUGGUUUUAAGAUUUCACUAAAAUGGCAAGUUUUAUAAAAUCCUCAGCAAAGUGAAGAAGAAUCUCAUAGAACUUUCUCUUUGGUCUCUUUGUUUAUUUUAGUUGAAAGUAGGACUGUAAAUUCCACAGUCUGUUGGGAAAGCUUUCUGAAAUUCACUGUGAAUGAGGGGGCCAGAAUUAGUAAAAAAAAAAAAACAUUAGCUAUGUUUUAUGGAAUGCUAAAUCAAACACGACAUUGUUUUAAUCGGGUUAGGUUGGAUUAAUCCUUGGUGAGAAUGGAAUGAUCUCCUCUCAUCCAUGCCAUGCCAUUGACCUUUCUUUUGUGGCAUCACCCACUAGAAUGAUCUAAGUACAGACAUUUUUUUGUUACUGUGAAGUCCGAAAAUUUAUUUGAUUCAGCUCGGUGAGGUAACGGUCGUCAACGGGAUUUUAUUCCAGAAUGCUUUCAUAUGUCAGGGCGGGGGCACGGUUUGCUCCUACACAGAUUUUUGUUCAUUGUUGAAACACUCUCUAGGCUAUCCAGAGUACUUUUAGAUACAAAGAAAUUCAUCUUAAACGGCGCUAUAAAGUGGCAUCUAUUCGGUUGUCCAUUGGAACAACUUGAGUUUUAGGGUUCUAGGGUUAUUUUCCCGAAAAUUUAAGAGCAAUAUUAAUUUGGAGCCUUACGAAGGUUGCCCUCUUUAUUCUUAUUCCUCUCUUUAUCUAAUUUUUGAAUCCGAAAAUUUUGUUUUUCCGUUUUACUUCGAAAUACACCUUAACCUAGGGGGUGCAAAGUGAAAAAAUGAUAAAUGGGAAAAUAGGGAAUUUAUCAGAUAGACUUCGAAAAUCGUACAUAAAUGGUAUAAUUAUCCAGAAAUGUUUGUCGUCCUCAAGUUAUAAUAUAUUCUAAGCAAUAUUUUCUUCUUCGAACAGAUAUUUUGAAAACUUUCGUUGGGUGCCUCUGGCAUGUUGUUUGUUUCUGGCAUCAAGGAAUUAAAUUUACUACUUACCUCGUGACAUAUCACACAGCCAGAGAUUUUUCUGCCGAACCUGUUUCUCUAAUUAUACAGAGGUUAUUCGUGAACAUAUCCCAGAUAGACUGAUGAAAUGUACUUACUUGAUGAUUUUAUUUCAUAAAGCGGCAGGAAAAACAGCUUUGCAGACCUUUUCAAUGUGUGUUUUAAUUCUGAUAUAAAAUUAUUUAACACUUGAUACUAGUAUUUCUAAUAUAGCCAACAUCUUGAUAUAAUGGUCGCUUUAAUUACUCUUUUGCUGGACCUCAAUCCAAUCAAGUUUUUUUUCUUUCAGAAUUAAUAAAUUUAAAAAGGGAAAUACUUACUUAUUUUCAAAUUUUGAUUUGAUUGUCACUGUCUGGGAGCUGAAUCUAUUAUAUUAAAUCUAGUCAAAGUCUGUUUUAUCUGUUUCCGUAAACUACUGGUUUUGGGAAACAGAUAGAGUAGAAUUAUGAUUUUUACGCAGUAAUGCAGACUCAUUAGUCCACUGACCGCGAAAGGAUGAAAAAACGUAAAGUGCAGUUAUUUAGGUUAUGUUGCUUAGUGGACUCUUCACGUCAUACGAAUUAAUAAUCAGCCAAGUCGACGCCAUCUUAGAUUUUAUUGAAAAAUGGAAGAUAGACUUCACUGAUUUGGCACAUUAUUAAAUCUUAAUCUCACAUUUCAGCUACCAGAUUUGAAGAUUUGGCUUCUUAUGACGUUAUACCGGCUAUUGUAUGAUCACCAAAUUAAACCUUGCCAAAUUCUAACUCGUUAUUUGGCCGAAUUUAUACUAGAGAUAAAUUAUUCGUCUUGUAGGAAUUAUCCGUCUUAGACGGAUAACUCGUCUAGAUAUAAAUGCGGUGUUUAGACGAAAUUUGGUCAGCACUUCUCAUAGAAGUUUUAUAAUUCGUCUGUCUCUAAAUCUAUAUCUAGGCGGAAGCAAAGAUGGAUUUUUAUUGAGUUUUGACUUCAGGGAACUGGUACCUAUUUUUUCCCUUUAUCGAAACUCCAAAUCCCCCUAAAUUCGUCCCACGAAUUUAUAAUCUAGACCAAUUAGUCGUCUGGUGGAUAACUGUCUCUUUCGGCUUAGUGUGAGCGUUCUUUGCGAAAAAAAAAAGGGAAAAUAGGCUGUUUGCCAAUGACGUCUUUUUACUACUGAGACUCGGAUUCAUUUCGUUUUUUUCUUUCAAAUUUAAAUUUGGUAAUCCCUGAGUGAGGAUUAAAGUAAAAAUACUAAAGAAAAACCCCAAUUAGCACAAGAAAGCAAAAUCCUAAAGGAUUCUCGUGGUUGUAGUAAAAUGACGUCAUCGUGCAAAUGGCCUAUUACACUUGGCAGUUUGUGCACUACGUUUUUACAUGUACUUGUUUAUGAGCUUAACUUUUUGAGAUCUUUUAUUUCAGAAACCAUCGCAAGAAGAAGUUGAAAAGUUUAAGGAGUACAUACUAGAAAAAUUCGAUGAUAAUUCGGAUGGGAAAAUUAGUAUGUGCGAGGUAAGAACGAUUCAGUGACUUUCCCUUAUUUCGAAAGGCUUUGUCGUUUGUUUUGGUUUAUCGGGAAGGAGGGACGGAUUCCUUUCUUACUCUUCUCAUCUCAUCUAUCCUCUUCGUGCCUCGUGGCACAUAAGGCCUUCACGGAGUCCCUCCAUUUAUCUUAAUUACCCACAACGGUCUUCACUUCCUCCCACGAUUGCCAUCCUGCUUCUGCUCUUUCCUUUUCAACCGUUCGGCCCCCAGGUGGUUUUUGAUCUUCCUAUUCUUUUUCCUUCUGGUGCCCAAGUUAUUUCUAUGUUGCAGUCGUCGUUUUGGUCCUGUCUUAGUGUAAUAAUAUUCCAUCAUCUUCCAUCUACGCUGCUUAACCUCUUCACUCAUAGGUUUAAUGUCUGCUCUUUCUAACAGCUCUUAAGUGCUGACAUAUUCCUGACACUGGAACUGUAGGAUUCUUCGUAGACACUUGUUAUGAAACAUGUACACAUCCACUGUUCUGUCGUCCCACUUCUUCAUUUUCCAUGUUUCACACCUGUACAGCAGAACAGGCUUUACCAGUGUUUUAUGCAGUCUCAUUUAAUUUCGUUCUUCUUACGAUAUCUUAAUUUUGAGCGCAAUGCCAGAUUCUCUUUUAUCUGACAAACGCACUCCUCACUCUUGAGAGUCCGUUUUUCUGGUCUUUCAUACCACCUCCCUCCUUAUUAACUGGAGCUCCUAAGUAAGUGAAUUCAUCACUUCUGCUAUUCCUUGUCCAGUUAUCAUAAUCAUUUCUUGGUUCUUUACAUUAAUUCUCAUAACCUUUUUCUUUUUCAUGUUGAUUUUCAAUACCACUCGUCAGGCUUCGUGAUCCAUUCUUGCUGUUUUAUCCUGAAUCUGCUGUUUGGUAGAAGAGUUUAGCACUACAUCAUCUCCAAAGUCUAGGUCGUCUAAUUUAGAUGUGAAUUUCCACCUAAUACCAUUCUCAUCAUGACCAAUAGUCCUUCUUAUUACCCAAUCCAUAACAAUCAAGAGCAAAACAGCUGACAUGUUACAUCCCUGUUUGACGCCAGUUUUAAUGCCAAACCACAUGCCUAUCUCUCCUUGGUCUUCUACAGCACACUUGCAUGAAGUCUUCAUAGAAUAUUUUUACCAUUCUAAUGAUCUUUUAUGGGACUCCGUAUUCCUUCGUGAUUGACCACAUGUUUUAGCGGUGAAUAGAGUCGAAUGCAUUUUUAAAUUUUAUGAAGUUCAGAUAGAGUGUUGCUUGCUACUCGGUAGCCUGCUCAAUGAUGCUCCGCAGUAUAAAUACUUGUUUUGUCGUCCUUCUUCCUUAUCUAUAUCCUUCCUGUCUUUCCUUAACCUGUCAUCGACUCCACUUCUUAUCCUAUCGAUAAUAAUCCUGCAUACAUCUUUCCCACAACAGAUAAUAAAGUUAUGCCUCUCCAAUUCUUGCAGUGCUCGGCAUUUCCUUUCUUUGAUAGCUUGAUGAUUAGCCCUUGCGUCUAACUCUUCGGGAUCCUCUCAUACUGUCAUAUUUAAUUCAUCAGUUGAUGUAUUUCUCUGCUGAAAACUCUGUCUUCUUUCGGUAACUCUGCUGUUAUGGCGUCAAUUCCCGGUGCUUUCCCAUUCUGUAAUCACUUUAUCGCUGCCUCGACUUCGCCUAGUUUACUGCUAUCUCUUCUGCAGUCAAUGUUGCCCUUACUUCACUUUUACUACCAAUGAGGUUUCCAUUUUUGUCUAGAAUCGUUGUGCCCUGUCUAGAUCUUUCACUGCACAGAAUCUUUGCGAGCCCGCAUAUAUAGUGUCUUUACGUCUUUCCUCUUUAAAGCUUCUUCUGCUUCAUCUGCAAUGCUCUCCAUCCAGUUCCUUUUAUUUGCUUUUAUACUCCUCUUAACCUCUCUGUCCUUUUCUGUAUACUUCGUACUAAUUUGUCUCUUGACUCUUUCUGAUCGUGUGCUUGGGUUUAUUUUAUAGUGAUUUGUUCCCUUCGGUUUACAAGGUUCCAUGAUUCGUCACUGAUCCAUGGUUUCUUCCUCUUUCGUGGUCAACCUAGAAAUUUUUCUGCAGCCUCAGGGUACUCCUUCUCCAUCACUUGAAAGUCACGCUCUAUUUCUUCGUCUUCCUCUGCUGCUAGCCCUUCAUCUUCAAGCACCUGGUAUCAGGGCUAUGCUAAAUGUUCUCAAGAUGUUUUCAUUAUUCAGCCUGGUCGUAUCGUACUUGACUCUAAUUCUUUCCUUUUCCUUCGGUUGGUUAAACAACCUCAAUUUGACUGUUGUGCAUACAAGAUAAUGGUCACUUGCUGUAAACCCUAGUGUCUUUCACUGAAUUCCUAAGUCUUUUGCGUGAUCAAUUAGUGGUUAUCCUAUUUAUCUUGAUUCUUAUGUUAGGUUUGUCCUAUUUGGCGAUACCCCAUCUUGUCUUGCCCAUGGACAUUCUUAUGUUAAGGGGCAAGUGGCGGGGAGUUUGUUCCUACCCUGAUAACUGCCCUUCGGGGCUCAGUUUGGUGUAAAAAUACCUUAGGGCGUUGAUGUCUCCAGUUUGUCAUAAUCCAAGAUUGUGUUGUUUUUCGCUAAUACCGAUGAUGUCUAUGUUUCUACUGGUCAUUUCUCUCGAUCCCUGUGCAAUGUUACCACUUCUGUACAGUGUACGUACAUUCCAUUUUCCGAGCUCUAUGAUGUUUUUGGGGUGUACCAGUGGCCUAUUCAGCUCGGUGGCGUUCUGUUGGCUUUGGCCCCCGCGCAUUAUAGAGUCACUCCUUUCAUGAGGACAGGCCACAGUGUUCCCUUGAUAAUGUGAAUUUUCUCUGCUUCUGGUUUUCUGUAACAACAGGGUUUUACUGGAAAGGGUUAUCAGCCCUCAACCCCCAACCUGAAGGACCAGGGGACUGCACUUAGUCUAGUCUCUAUCCUUAGACCUGUUCAGCAUAGGUGCCCCUACCAGGAUCGUCAAAGACUCCAGCCGACAUAGGUCUAUGGUUCAUUGAGACACCCAAACCACUCCACCACGGUAGAGGGGUGGUCUUCUAUGUACUAUUAAAUUGUAUUGGGUUUGCACAGCGGCAUAAUUUUUUUUGAAAAUUUCACGCUGGAGAAAAGAGCAGACUAUAACUUGAGGAUUCCAUCAUGAUUCCCCAUGGCCGCCAUUUGGUCAAAAAAAAAAAUUACAUGAAAAAGAAUUCAGGAUGAUUGCACAGGCCUUACCCUUUUGAAUUCAAGACUCUUUAAUUCCUUCGCUGAACCUUUCGAUAGAUAUUUGGUGUGAUGAUUCGAUCUCCCGUGUUCAGCGAUCUCUUUAGAUUCAUAGGAAAUUAAAGAAGCUUUGGUUUCGUAGAGAUCGCGAGAGAUAAAAACAGAAAGAUGUUACUGUUAGAAAGGCAGCACUGACCUUAAGGAAAAAUGAGCGUACAAUAACUGAUGAUCUUAUUUGACAGUGAAAAGUUGAGAAUUGAUUUUCAAUUUGUUUUGAUGCUAAAGUUUUAGGCGUAACGAUUUCGUCUCCCCUGAGUUAAAAACCUUGGCUGAAACACAUUAGGCCAUUAUCAGUCAAAUCAUUUUUCAACCGCUUUUAUGCAAAAAAAGGAUUGUGAAUCAGUUAGAACAGGCUAUUUCCGAGAUGCCAUUAGAGCUGGGUUGCAAAGCGAGGCUAAUUGCAAAGCUUUUGACAUAUAAAAUAUAUUAUAUAUAUAUAUAUAUAUAUAUAUAUAUAUAGAAAGUAAACUUCUGUGUCGAAUGAAGAUACUAAAAACAAUGAAAAACGAAAGUCUUCUUUGCUUUUGCGCUACGCGUUUCACCGCUGUUGCGGCUCUUCAGGCAUAGCAAAGUGUUUUUAUUAACUUAUUACGUCACAGACGUAAUUGUAAUUACAAUUGUUAUACCACUACAUGAGAAAUUUCUGCAAUUUGAUUGGCUUAGAGCAGUGGUAUUUCAGCUUAAUUUGAAAUACCUACAUGUGAAAAUUACAAACCUUUUGCGGGUAGUGGUAUAAACAAAUAAUAGCAUGAUUUGUAGUGAUAUUUGGCAUAAGUACCACUCGGGAUAUUUCAAAAUUAGAGAGAUUAAGAUUCACGUUUACACCAAACGGCAAACGUGAAUUUGUACCACGUGACCAAGUUUUCCCCCUAUUUUUCGUUUACUGUUUAUUGCUUCUACACAAAAAUAAGUAGUUUUAUGCUAGUUUUAUCCACAAGAAUAGUUCUGGACCUUUUUUAUCUGCUUAUUUUCCAUUCUGAGAAAUUCUCAACUGACGUUUGCCGUUUGCCGUAUGCCGUAAACGUGAAUCUUAAUCUCUCUAUUGUCUCAAAUUUCACUCGCCUAACGGCUCGUGAAAUUACGUAUAACAAUUUCGAAAUAUCACUCGUGGUAUUUAUGCCAAAUAUCACUACAAAUCAUGCUAUUACCUUUACUAAUGGCUCUUGUAAUUCGUAGCACGCGCGAGCAAUUAGCGUAAUUUCAAAUCAUUGAGAACGGGUUUAUAUUUCAAAAUAAAAAACCUCUCUUUGUUUUUUCUCAUGCCCUCGGAGGGGCUGAGAAUCUUGUAAAACGGAAAGAUAGUAAACUGAGGAGUCAAUCCCGCCGCACAUUCAUCGAUAUGCUCACUGACUGAAAUAUAAACCCGUUCUCAAUGAUUUGAAAUUACGCUAAUUGCUCGCGCGUGCUACGAAUUACAAGAGCCAUUAUAAUUGUAAUUACAAUUAAAAUUAAUAACUGCUCAACGGAUAACUUAAAAAAAACCGUCAUUUCACGAAAAUCUUGCCUGCUUGGUAGUCGGAAUAGUGUGUGCGGUCUCGCUUUUGCUUGCCAGCAAUAACGUUAGUUUUGUACAGCAAAAGGAUGUAGUUACGUAGGUAGGCUUAGGUAAGUAAUAUUUAGGUGGGUAGAUGAGGAAGCACCCAUGACAUUGUGACCGCAAUUACUAUUUGGUCCCUGCUUUAAAAAUAUGACCACAGGUAAUAAUUUAAGUCUUUUUUGUCCUUUCUAGCUUGAGAAUAUCCUUCCCACAGAGGAAAACUACCUUAACCAGUUCCGAUCUGAAUUUGAGUUGGAUUCAAUGGACAGCAUUAAAUUCAUAAAGGCAAGUAACCACUUAAAUGCACUUUGCCGUCUUUGCUGAUUAUUCCCGUCGGUCCGAACCGAAAUGGUCCGUUCCAUUUGAUUUCUAACCGAAAUUUCCAGAAUUUUGGGCUGAAUGUGAAGUGCCCCAGGGCUCAAACAUUUUAUUUUUGUGAAAGGUUUGAACCCAGGAGUCAAUUCAUAAGUAGGCUAGGUUGAGUAUGAUCGUCCAGGUGAACGACGUCCUGAAUAGGACUAAGAGCUCUUGAUAGCACUGUUAUUGUUGACCGUGACUCACGUUCCGACAACCUGUGCGGUAGUCAUCUUCAGAGUCAAACUGAGUUGUAUCACGUCAGUUGAUGGUAUUCAACUCUGUAUAGUGACCUGAUUGGUCAAUUAAGUGGCGAUGUUUUUUGUCAUCUGUCACUUAAGCCGUAAGAUUGGCUAUGAACACUUGCAAUGUCAUUGGCGCGUUUCGAUCAAAGUCACAUAUCACAGUUUCUCAUUUAAUUGUGUUGUUCUUUGGCUAAAUAGUUUAACCGUACUCCGUAUUGGCUAUUUUACCUUAUGACGUGUUUUCUCCUAAUUCCCUUUACUUCUGAUAUGGAAAGCCCUAAGCUUGUCCCAAGUCGAAAUCUCUGAUAGCUUUUUUAUCCACGAUAUCAAGACCUAAAGCAUUAAGAAUCAGUUCAUUUCUGAUCUUGAAAGUUUAAGCAUGCCUUCCAGUUUUUAAACCUUUCCACUCACUAAUACUAUAUCGAUCAACACUACAUUUUUCCACGUCAUUGGAUCAGUGUAGAAAGUAACUAUGAAUAAAAGGAGAAAAUAAGACAUUGAAAGAGAAGAAAGAUAGAAAGUACAGUACUCAAAUACUUCUUCAAGUGAAUACAAGGUUCUCCAUUUGUGUUGAAUUUUAGUUAAUUUCCAUUUAAAAACAAUACUGAUAUUAUCUCUUUGCAGAUAUGGAACCAUUAUGAUAGUGACAUGAGUGGUUACUUGGAAGGAGAUGAGAUCGACGCCUUUCUCAAGGAUAUGUUGCAACAGGGUGGUCAUAAUCUAAAUCCACAGCGAAUUGCUGACUACAAAUCGUUUAUGGUACAAUUAUUUUUUACAAAUUAAGACGGAAUCCACCAGGACAUUGAGUAAUUUUGAUUUUCAGUGGACAAAUAUCUUGUACCAGAAUAAUUCAAAGCAUAUAUUGCAUUCUUUCUUACAUUUUUCAAGGGCUAAACGUGUAAUAAAUUAUCUGCAGUAACGCCAAAAAAAAUUUCUUAUGGGAGCCCGAGAAAACGAAUGUCAAAUUUCACAUAAUUACAUCUUACUCAUGAAAUUUCAGAAUUUUACAUGUGUAAUAAAAAUUCUUGUGAAAUUUGACAUUCACUUUCUCGGACUUCCAUGAGAAAUUUUCUUUGGUGUUACUACAGAUGAUUUAUUACAUCUUUAGUGCUUGAAAAAGAUAAAAAAGAAUGCAAUAUUCUUUAGAUUGUUCUACUUCAAGGUUUUUGUCCACGUAAAAUUAAAAUUUCCUGGUGGAUUCCGUCUUAAUAUACCGGAUAAUUAUCAUGUACACUCUAAAAUGGUUCAUUAUCACAGAAAGGGCUAAACAUUCUGAUUCUGCCUUAAAGUUAUGUUUUUUUAGUAUAAUUAGAAACACUUACAAGCCCAAGGUCAGUAACAAAUUUAAGGGUUUUUUUAGGUAAAGCGCACUCAGAAGUCGCCUUUCUUUAGCAUGCAGCUGGUUUGGUAAUCGAGGCCAAUGUCUCUGGUAAUUGCUGUUUUGUUAGAUCUUGAACGGUCCCAGGCCUUUCGAGACAAGAUGCCAAACGAACAAUUGGAGCAAGAAAAUUUGUCAAAGAAAAAGACUGGCGUAUCUUAUUAUUCAAACUGACUUUCGCCUUUGCAUUACGUUAUUCAUCUAACACGUCUUAUUUUGUUUGUGCGUGUGCUAGAUGGAUAGAUAUGACGAAAACAAGGACGGCAAAAUAGGACUAAAGGAAUUAGCCCAGUAAGUGUCGUUUAAUAAUUAUUUUAAACUCCACGCUCUUAAACUCGGCUUUUUUUUACGUACAGAAUUUUCCCUUGAUGCCAUUUUAAAUCAUUGAAACAAUGCUUGGUUGCCAGUGUUCACAGGAACAAACUUCUUUUUUUGUAUGAAGGAAGAGUUAGCUUAUAAGCAAGGACGACGAUGGCGAAUGCGUAUCUUAAAAAGUGAAUUCACGCUGUUACGUUUCAAAAUUCAUCGUUCUGCUUAUUUUUUAUUAUCAUUACUAUUUUUUUUAUGUCAUUUAAUUUGACAACUGUUGGGAGUUGAAUUCUAAAGGACUGUUUCUAAGUUUGAAAAAAGAAUUUUUUUGGCAAAUCGUGUCUUUUGUUCGCUUCCUGCAGAAAACUUGAAAUUAGACAUUUCCACGUAAUGGUCGUGCAACGACGGCAAAGAAAUGUACACAAAAUCGUGAAGCACGUGCCAAGUUGUUGUUUUGCUAAAAGGGAGCUUAUUAAGCAACGACGACAGCGACGUCAACGAGAACGUCAAAAAAGCAAUAGGCUUAGAUUGGCAAAACAACAACUUUGCACGUGCAUCACGCUUUUUUCUACAUUUCUUUGCCGUCACUGCACCACUACGACGUGAAAAUGCCUAAUGUCACGUUUUGUGGAGGACGAGAACACAAGAAAACGAUUUCCUUUUUCUUUCCCUGAACUUUGAUAGUCUUAUAGAAUUCAAAUCCAGAAAAAAUUGCCAACAUU